ACAGAGUAGCUGCAAGCCUGCAAUUAGUAGAGACUGAGAUAAUGCAUGGAAACAAUAACACUAGUGUAUAUUAAAUUAAAUCAUGAUUAAAGUAUGAGAUCGAAUCGCCAUCUGAAAUUAUGCAUAUCCUGCAACGACUCAGUAGUCACAGUAACCAAUGGGUGGGUGGAGACGAAAGCAGCCCCCUUUUUUUUCCUUUUGGGUUCGCGCAGAAGGUUUGGACUUUUUACAUAAAACUAUCAUACCAGGUUGGCUCAUCCAAAAACGUGGAGCUCUGAAUCUGGCCGUGUGAAUCAGCCGAGAAGCUGCUAACCAGCUGUGGCAAAUGCGCCGGGAAAAGAAAAGGGUGUGGAUGUGUGCCCACAGCAGCCAUGCAGUAAGUUGACCCAAUUUUCAUUUCCAUUUCCUACGUACGGCUGCAACUGCAAGCAACAGAUAAACUGGGGGCUGCCUGUUGUCUCUUCUUCCUCCACGCGCUCUUCUGCUAGUUUCAUUGGGCAUCGUCGUCCAGUCAGCAUCAGAUCCAAGCAUCUGCUUUGAUGCUAGUUUCAUUCAUCAGGAAGCCAUGCAGCAGCAGCAACGGGUGCAUCCCUCACAUGACAACGACAAGCACAACAACGAUGGGUUUCUCAAACCUCUCCUAGGCCUCGCGCUCGCGCUCUUGCUAUCCGCCUUCCUCCCGCCUACGAGCUCGUGCUCGGAGCAGGAGAGGAGCGCCCUCCUCCAGUUCCUCGCUGGACUCUCGCGGGACGGCGGUCUCGCCUCGUCGUGGCGGAAUGGCACGGGCUGCUGCGCGUGGGAAGGGGUCGGUUGCGGCGCAGACGGGGCAGUCACCGAUGUCUCCCUUGCUUCAAGGGGCCUUGAGGGGCAAAUCUCGGCGUCCCUGGGUGAGCUCACCGCGCUGCUGCGCCUCAACCUGUCCCACAACCUGCUGUCCGGUGGCCUGCCGGCGGAGCUGACGUCGUCAAACAGCAUCCUUGUCCUCGAUGUCAGCUUCAACCGUCUCAACGGAGGCCUGCGCGAGCUACCUUCGUCAACCCCUCCCCGUCCUCUGCAAGUACUCAACAUCUCGACUAACUUGUUUACAGGACCGUUUCCAUCGACCACAUGGGAGGCGAUGACCAGUCUGGUUGCACUCAAUGCCAGCAACAACAGCUUUACCGGACAGAUACCAAGCCAUAUCUGCAGUAGCUCACCGGCCUUGGCUGUGAUUGAAGUCUGCUAUAACCAACUCAGUGGCCUCGUUCCUCCUGGGCUUGGUAACUGCUCCAUGCUCAGAGUGCUCAAGGCUGGCCACAAUGCCCUCAGUGGGUCACUCCCCGAUGAACUCUUCAAUGCUACGUCACUAGAGUACCUCUCUUUUCCCGGCAAUGGUUUGCACGGAAUGCUUGAUAGCGAACACAUCAUGAAGCUCAGAAAUCUGGCCCACCUUGAUCUUGGAGGCAACAGGCUAAGCGGAAACAUCCCAGAUUCCAUAGGCCAGCUCGAGAGGUUAGAGGAACUGCAUCUGAACAACAACGACAUGUCUGGGGAGCUGCCAUCAACUCUAAGCAACUGCACAAAUCUCAUAACGAUUGACCUCAAGGUCAACAACUUCGGCGGAGAGCUUCAGAAGGUCGACUUCUUCAGCCUGCCCAAUCUGAAAACAUUGGAUCUUCUGUACAACAGCUUCUCCGGCACGGUUCCUGAAAGCAUCUACUCGUGCAGCAAGCUGAAUGCGUUGCGGCUCUCUAACAACAACUUGCAUGGACAGCUUUCCCCAGCAAUAGCCAAUUUGAAGCAUCUUGUUUUCCUGUCACUAGUUUCCAACAGUUUUACAAAUAUCACAAAUACGCUUCAGAUACUCAAGAACUGUAGGAAUCUCACCUCCCUACUUAUUGGAAGCAACUUCAAGGGUGAGGACAUGCCAGAAGAUGAGACAAUUGACGGGUUUCAGAAUCUUCAGGUUCUUUCCAUGUCUAACUGCUCGUUGUCUGGGAAAAUACCUCUUUGGUUAUCGAAGCUCAAAAAUUUGCAGGUGCUGCUUUUGCACACGAAUCAACUCAGUGGGACAAUACCUGCCUGGAUCAAAAGCUUAGAGUCACUAUUCCAUCUAGACAUAUCAAGUAACAAGCUUACAGGGGAAAUACCAACAGCCUUAAUGGAGAUGCCAAUGCUAACGACAGAAAAGACUGCAACCCAUUUGGAUCCAAGGGUAUUUGAGCUACCUGUUUAUAAAAACCCAUCGCUCCAGUACCGGAUAACCAGUGCUCUUCCAAAACUGCUGAAACUUGGUUACAAUAACUUAACUGGUGCGAUUCCCCAAGAAAUUGGUCAGUUGAAGUCGCUCGCUGUACUCAAUUUCAGCUCGAACAACUUAUCGGGAAAAAUACCACUGGAACUCUGCAACUUAACAAAUCUGCAAGUACUAGACUUGUCUAACAAUCAUCUCAGAGGUGCAAUCCCAUCAGCAUUGAACAACCUACACUUCCUCUCCGCACUGAAUAUUUCUUACAAUAACCUGGAAGGGCCUAUUCCUACUGGAGGCCAAUUCAGUACAUUCUCGAAUAAUAGCUUUGAAGGUAAUCCAAAGCUGUGCGGACCUAUCCUCCAUCACAGUUGUAGCUCAGCAGUCGCACCAACAGUCUCAACAAAGCAACACAGUAGGAAAGCCAUUUUUGGGAUUGCAUUUGGUUCGUUCUUUGGAGUUGCUCUUCUUCUGCUUCUGGUAUAUCUCGCUGUCUCAUUCAAGUGUAAAAGGUUGAUAAAGAAAAGCAAGAUCAGUGAUAACGAAGAUGUAGAAGCAACUUCACACGUGUCUGAUUCAGAACAGUCAUUAGUGAUAGUGCCAAGAGGAGAAGGGGGAGAAAACAAGCUCAAAUUCGCUGACAUUGUGAAGGCCACAAAUAACUUCCACCAGGGAAACAUCAUAGGUUGUGGGGGCUAUGGUCUGGUCUACAAGGCUAUAUUACCUGAUGGGACCAAGCUGGCCAUCAAGAAGCUUAAUGGUGAAAUGUUGACCAUGGAAAGGGAAUUCAAGGCAGAGGUUGAAGCACUCUCCAUGGCCCAGCAUGAGAAUCUUGUGCCACUGUGGGGUUACUACAUACAGGGAGAUUCAAGGCUCCUCGUAUAUUCCUACAUGGAGAAUGGCAGCCUUGAUGAUUGGCUUCACACCAUGGAUGAUGAUGCCAGCACAUUUCUCAGUUGGCCGAUGCGGCUGAAAAUUGCGCAAGGGGCAAGCCAAGGCCUUUCUUAUAUCCAUGAUGUCUGCAAGCCUCACAUUGUCCACCGUGACAUAAAGUCCAGUAAUAUCCUACUUGACAAAGAUUUCAAGGCUUACGUUGCCGAUUUUGGGCUCUCAAGAUUAGUCCUUGCAAACAAAACUCAUGUCACAACUGAGCUAGUUGGCACUCUGGGCUACAUCCCACCUGAGUAUGGGCAAGGCUGGGUUGCGACGUUGAGAGGUGAUAUCUACAGUUUUGGAGUCGUUCUGCUUGAGCUGCUCACAGGAAGGCGGCCUGUCUCAGCCUUGUUUUUAUCAAAAGAACUUGUGAAGUGGGUGCAGGAGAUGAAAUCAGAAGGGAAGCAGAUUGAGGUCCUCGAUCCACAUCUACGAGGCUUGGGGCAUGACGAGCAAAUGCUGAAGGUUCUUGAAAUAGCCUGCAAGUGUGUCGACCAUGACGCGUGCAUGAGGCCAACCAUACUGGAAGUAGCCUCCUGCCUUGACACUAUAGAGCCCACCCUGAGGAUGCAAAAUUCAGUUAGGAUAUAGUGCAGUUAAACAUGAUUCACUUGUAGUCCAUUGUAAGCUGCAUACAUGUAGCUUCCCACGAACUACUGUUCCUGACAACCUUGUAAUUAUUUUUGUACAGCUUCUGGCAUAUUGCCAUGUUAGGUAUUCUUUUGUAAAUUGUCCUUUUCCAUUUCCCCCAAAUUAUUUUGUGGAUACUGGAAAUAUAUGACACAGCUCAUGCUCAUCUUGAGCACUGUUAUUUGGGAAA